UUAUUAGGAUAACUUUGUCUUAAGUGUUAAAAUGCAAUCAGCAAUCUUCCAGCAACCAUUUCUAUGCAUUCAGAUGAAGAAUUAGGAGCAUGGUAGGAAACCCUUGAUAAAAGAGGAUUGUAGCCUCCCUGGUAGGACCUUGGAAGCUGCCUGGAUUUAAGGCCAGUAACUACCGAGUAAAAUUGGUCUCCAGGUAAAAACAGUCUUGAGUUUGUCUUUGUAUUUUAAAGAGGAGACAAUAUUAGCUUUGUCUGGAAGAGUGAAGUAAACUGCCCGAUUGUAAAGCCAGGCUAAAUUUAGAGGAGUGAGCCUGACCAACACCAAGAAGCGUGUGGCCUGGUGCUCCACCACGUCCAGGUAAUGCUGCCUUCUCGGCCCUGUAUUUUUGCGCACGCGCAAUGGUGUCAACUUCGCCACUAGGAGGCGCCGGGCCCUCUUCAGGCUGGUCUUGGGGCGGUGCAUGUGGCUGUGACGUCACUGCACGCGCCACAUCUUGUUGCCCGGCAGCGAUGGCGGCUUCUUUGGAGUCCGCGGAGGACCCACUGCGGAACUUUGUUCGAGUUUUGGAAAAGCGAGAUGGCACGGUGUUACGACUGCAGCAGUAUGGCUCCGGCGGCGUGGGCUGCGUUGUUUGGGACGCUGCCAUUGUCCUUUCUAAGUACCUAGAAACGCCCGGGUUUUCCGGGGAUGGGGCUCACGCUCUGAGCCGGCGGUCCGUGCUGGAGCUGGGCUCCGGCACUGGGGCUGUAGGGCUCAUGGCUGCUACCCUCGGGGCUGAUGUUGUGGUCACAGAUCUUGAGGAAUUGCAGGACUUGCUGAAGAUGAAUAUUAAUAUGAACAAGCAUCUUGUCACUGGUUCUGUUCAAGCCAAGGUACUGAAAUGGGGGGAAGAAAUAGAAGACUUUCCUUCUCCUCCAGACUAUAUACUGAUGGCCGACUGCAUAUACUAUGAAGAGUCUUUGGAGCCGUUGUUGAAAACUCUAAAAGAUCUUAGUGGAUUUGAGACUUGUAUUAUAUGUUGUUAUGAGCAACGAACAAUGGGAAAAAAUCCAGAAAUCGAGAAAAAAUAUUUUGAGCUCCUCCAGCUAGACUUUGACUUUGAAAAAAUUCCUUUGGAGAAACAUGAUGAAGAAUAUCGAAGCGAGGAUAUUCAUAUUUUAUACAUCAGAAAGAAAAAAUCGAAAUCUCUAUCGUGAAAUCUUUAGUCACCUUACCCAAGCCUCUAACAACCUGGAGCAUGGGAAUGAAAUUGGAGAGGUGAGGACUAUCAGGCAGAGAGAUGUUAAAGAUGGGUCCUGCCAGCUGCUGUUGAUACAGGAGUUGGAGGCCAGAGGACUUGAGCAGCAACAUGGAGAAGUUCAAAGGCAGGUGCAGAAGAUGAGUGAGUUGUGAUGCCACGGACUGGGGAUCAACCAGAAUACAACCAACUCCAAUCCCCCGGGACUGCCAGGGCUGGGGUCAGGUGAGAAGACAGCUCAGGAAUGAACCUCUGGACCUCUAGUUGAGUGGGGGCUUGCCACUGUGCACCAUGAAACCCACAGGCCAGUUAUCAGAAUGCAGUUAUAGCCCAUUAAGGUGGCCCCAUUGUAAGGCGGUGUUUCUCAAACUAGGCUGCACAUGGAAUCACCUGGAAAAUUAAAAGCAAACGAAAGCCAUGUUCGGGUCCCAGUUAAAUUUAAAGAUUUAUUUAUUUGACAGAGAGAUAGAUCACAAGUAGGCAGAGAGGGAGGAAGGGAAGCAGGCUCCCCGCUGAGCAGAGAGCCCAAUGUGGGACUCGAUCCCAGGGCCCUGAGAUCAUGACCCGAGCCGAAGGCAGCGGCUUAACCCACUGAGCCACCCAGGCGCCCCAAGGGUCCCGGUUAAAUUUAAAGGCAUGGGAUUUUUAUUAAAGGGCUCCAGGUGGUUUGAAUUUAGCAUAAAUUGAGAACUGCUGUGUUAAGGAACCCUAGCAUCUGUUUCCCAAGGGGAAGGGAGCAGAGGGAGAAGAAAUACAAAAAUAAACCAUCCAUGAUUAGAGUGGGUCUAUACUGCAUAGGGAGGGAAGGAGCUUUGAAUCUGAUGUGGAAUCAUCUACAAAAUAGGUUUUAAAAUAAAUAGGACAGAGCUUUAGAAAUUGACUGUUUACCUGAAAAUUUGGAGAACCUGGUCAAGAAGGCAAAGGUGAUGCUACUCAAGAAGAAAGGGGAGUCUAAUAGCUGGAAAAAUGAAAUUGUUAUAGGCUAGACUCCAAGGACUUGAGUCUCCCCUGUGAACCAGUUAUAACUAAAGGUCUUUGAAAUUGCACAACGUGUUAUCUCAAUCAGGUAUAGUUCACAACCAAGGGUCUGUGAAUCUUAGGUUUCAUGAACUUGGGAGUGAAGUUAGGUUAUUUUUCAUUAUUUUAAGAAUUAUUAAUCCAGAAUGAUGGUGGGAUUUUUUACACAGCUACCUUUUUCUUAAAAGUUAUCUUGUUAAAGGAUGCCAUUGCGAUAUUAACUCAGACUAUAAUUACUGUAUUUUAAGAAGUGUGGGUUAUAGAAAUAGGACUGUUGUUCUAAAGUUUCCCUGUAGAUGGCAUUGCUUGACUUUAUCCUUAAACAUUUUAUAAAAAGGAAGUUGUUAAAAUAGAACAUUUUGAAAUGGAAUCACACUUGCCAUUUUAAAGGUAAACUAAAUUAGAUUUUAAAGAAUCGAGCUACUUAUCAAGAGUUGCUUUCAAGUACAGCAUGAUUGUCUUAGUGUGUUUGGGCUGCUAGAACAAAGUAUAGACUGGGGGGCUUAUAAACAAACCUUUCUCACAGUUCCAGAGGCCAGGAAGUGCAAGCAAGAUCAAGGCACCAGCUUCGUUACCAGCUCUCUUCUCAUUGUAACGUCACAUGGCAGAAGAGCAGAGGAUCUCCUUGGGGUCUCUUAUAGGACACUGACCCCAUUUAGGAGAGCUUCGCCCUCAUGACAUACUCAUCUCUCAAAUGCCCACCUCCAAAUACUAUCACAAUGGGGGAUAGGUUUCAGCAUAAGAUUUUGGGGCUGGGUUGUGGGUGGGAAGCAGAAACAUGCAGACCAUAACAAUAGUGUAGGUAAAGCUGAUUUUUUUCUUAUAAAAUUGUAUUUGACUUCUUCUGUCCCUUGCAAUCCGAUAUGCCUUUUGAAUUUCUGAAUAUUAUUUGUAAAGCUACAGAAAUUGCAAUUCUUAGACCAUUUCUCUGCUAUUGAUACCUUCUGUGAGGGACCUUUAAGAGGCUGAAUUAGUUGGUCAGGUUCUGAAAAUUAAAUCGACCUUGAAAGUACCUUUUAUAUAAGGCAUGAUUUUAUGUUUGAGGUGUUUGAAACUUCUAAUUAAUUUUAAUUAGUUUUCCAAACCAGUGUACCUUCCUCACUAGAGUAAUAAGUAGCUAUUACAUCAAAAGACUGAAGCUCUGGCUUUACCACAGUCCUGCAGGCUUAGGCCUUCUGUUUGACUUUUGGUCUUUUUCCUCAAGGAACAUCAGGAUUUGGAAGAGCUUUUGGUGCAUUGAUAGUAAACAUUGUAAAAGUAGAAUAGUCCAUUGUCAUACCAUAGAGAUCUCCAAGCUACUACAGAAAGAAGUUGUGGCGACAAAAUUUUACUGAAAAUUCGUCAAGUAAUGAAAAAGCGAAGUUUUCACUUUAUAUAAUUUUGAGUAAGAAAGCAUUGGGUUAAAACUGUUUACUUACUUGGGGUCAUUUAGGAUAUUGUCUUAGGUUCUUAAAUAUUGGUUGGAGUUUUGUGACAAUUUAGUGAGUCCAUCAAUUGAGAGGUAGAUUCUAUGGGGACCUGGGUCCCAUGCCUGACCAGGAGGAGCUCCUGUCAGUCUGGAGCAGGUCAAGUUCCCAGGUCCAGAGCGUAUCACCAAUGAGAAGCAGAAGCUGUUCACCAGUAAGCUGCUAGAUGUCAUGGACAGAGUAGUGAUCCUGGAAAUCAGUGGUCAUGCCAUUUAUGCCAUCAGGCUGUGCCAGUGUAAGGUGUACUGGUCUGGGCCAUGUGCCCUAUUGCUUGUGGCCCCCAACCUGACUGAGAGACAAAAGAAGAUCAAACUAUUUUGCCUGGAAAUGUUCCUUAGUGAUCUCAUUGCCCACCAGAAAGGACAGAUAGAGAAGCAGCCACCAUUUGAAAUCUACUUAUGAUUUGGGAAAGAAUGGCCAGAUGGGAAAGCCCUGGAAAGGAAGCUCAUCUUGGUUCAGGUCAUUCCAGUGGUAGCUUGGAUGAUCUACGAGGUGUUUUCUGGUGUUUUCACACAAUAACGUAACAAGAUAAUUUCUGUUUAUAACAAGGUAAUUUUCAAAUAAUGGACUUAAAAAUGUGUUAGAGCAAAUUAUCUCCAUGAUAAUGUUCUCAUGUGCAUUCUUAAAACCAUGUGUCAGAGCAUAGGCCUAACGACCAGAUUAUCUGGGCUUAAAUUCCAGUUCUGCCAUUUACUAUCUGUGUGACCUUGAGAAAGUUAUUUAAACUGUGUGCCUGUUUUCUCACAUGUCAGGUGAAGGUCAUAAUAGUGUCUACCUAGUAGUUUGCCAUGGGGAUUAAACCAGUUUAAUACAUGUAAUGCACUUAGGUACCAGGCACAUAGUAAGUGUUCAAAAAAUGUGAUUAUAAUAGAGGUGUAGGGACGAGGAAAAUGUAUAUAAUGUAAGUCGAUUUUUAUCUAUAUUUCAAUGUAAAAUCUGGACAUUUUUUUGAGAGUGUAGGGCCCUUGUACCCAUCACUCCCCCUUCAUGAUAGCAAUGGCCCUUGGGGUAGGAGGAGGUUGAGAAUGCUGUUCCAUCUCCUUUAUUUGAACAAGUAAGCAGUUCUAGAAAGAGGAAGAAAAUGGAGUGAAAGAAAAACAUUUGUUUCCCAUUCAUUUUUUUGGUUUUAAAGUAAGAGUCAUGGGCAUUCGAAGGCCAAUAGGUACAAGAGACACAUUUCUAAGUAUAGGAGCCUGGCCUUGCUGGCUGGAGCUCCAGGAUUACCAUUCCACCUCCCCGGACCUUCAGCCAGUUCUUUCCUCCAUGGUUCUUAUCUCUGUAAAACUGAGACCAGUUAGGAGGCAGGUGAUGAAUGUACAGCAGCAGGUCAUUUUUCGGAAGAGGGACUCAAUGCAUCUACAUAACUAUGUUCAAAGUUUGGAUGUAUUAACUCUAAAAGAGCAAGGCAGUGUAGCAGCUACCUCCCAAGGAAGCGAUCUUUGUCCACGUAAUGAACGUAUGUGAUGCGUUGCGGGAGCUCAGUGUAGCUAGUCCCUCCGGCUGCCUGGGGGAGCCUGUGCCGACAGACAAGAACAAGAGAGCCUUGAAUUGUAGCUGCUUCCUCAGCCGGUGAAAGAGGCACGUGGGCUCACCUGCAUUUGUUAAGUUUUUAAGACCUUUUUUAUUUUCAACUGAUGGGAAAGAUUGUCAUGAACACUGAAUAGCUGGUUUUAGUUUUUAGAAACAUUCAUUCCUUAACCUAUAAUACAGUAAUUUAUCUUGGUGAAGCGUAAGUUGGCGCUUUUUAAUAUUUAUGAGGCUGAAAACUGUUAUUUCUCCCUCACAGAGCAAACUGAAGGCUUUUGGAAAAGAGCUAUGCUAGAUGUAGGUUUUACAGGGUUUAGUGUUUGAGUAGUUCGCAGGUCUCCUUCCUGUUACUAGCUUUCAUGAAGUAGUACUAGCAGUCUGUUAAACCCUUGAUGGAUCAGUGCUUUUAAAUGGUCCUGGGUAAUUUGUUUAAAGUUAACUUUUGUUCCAGUUUGUUAAUUUCCUGAAACCCAGGCAUGAACAGUGUGAGCUCCAGGUCCACGUGUUGGCUCACCAUUGCUUUAAUAAAUCAUUACCACAGUUAAGAGUGUACAAUACAAACGUCCAUGUAUCCACCCCAACACCUGACCUUGUUCUUUUAGGAGUGUGUCCUGAAAACCCACUUGUGGGGCGCCUGAAUGACUCAGUUGCUUAAGCGUCUGACUCUUGAUUCCAGCUCAGGUCAUGAUCUGAGGGUUGUGGGAUCAAGCCCUCACAUGGGGGGGAUUCUACAUUUAGGAGGAGUCUGCUUGAAAUUCUUUCUCUUCCUUUAUCCCUCUCGCUCCCCACUGGGGCACACUCACUCUCUCUAAAUAAAUAAAUAAAUCUUAAAAAAAAAAAAAAAAAAGUCUUCUCGUACUGCACACACAGUACAGCUGCAUAUCGGGGUACUCCAAAUGUAAAGAGCAUAUUUUAUCCGAAACUUAGAUGAGAAGCUUUACACUCGCAUUCAGAAUGAGUAUAAAGAAUACUCUCAUGGCGUAUAAUUCGCAUAGGCCUGGUUUCUCGAAACUUAAAAACAGGAAACACAAGUCUUACAUUCUCACAGAUAAUAAAUGUUUAACCAGAAAGUGUCUUUGGAUGUCUGUGACAAUUAUGAAUGUAGGUACAAAAAUGUGCCUUUAUAUUUUUGUAUGUAUGUAUGUAUUUAUUAUUUAUUAGAGGGGGUGGGUGGGAAGGAAGUUAAGGGAGAGGGAGAGAAUCUUAAACAGGCUUCAUGCCCAUUGUGGAGCCCAAUUUGGGGCUUGACUUCAUGACCCCGAGAUCAUAACCAGAGCUGAAAUCAAGCUCAGCUUAACUGAUGGAGCCACCCAGGUGCCCCCAAAAAUAUGCUUUUAAAAUUGCUGUCUUCUUUCUAAAUCUUGUCACAAAGAUCCUUUUUUUUUAGCUUCAUUGUUCCAAAACUCUCUGCGCUCUCAGGCAUAUAUGUGACACCCACAUUCAGUCUGUAACUCUCUGUCUGGAGUGUCUGGUUGUUAAUCUGAGAUCCUAAGGAAGAGGAGAGCACAGUAGUGACUCAGUGUGGCAGGAGGAACAGAAUUCUCUGUUAACCCUGGGAGACAGCCCCAGUUCCACGCUAUGUCUGGUCACCUUCCCGUUAUGCACCCAAGCUUGAACAUUCUGUUUUUCUCUUGAGAAGAUCGUUCACUUGAUUACUAACUAUUCCACCUGUAUGUCCUUGAGCAACGUGACCUCUGAAUGUUAACAUCCCUUGCUAUGAAAGAAGAAAGCCGUGCACUGGCUAGUGCCAUGGAGACGGCUCAACUCUAGUUGAGUCUAGUAAAUGGAGAUGAGAGCAUGGAGGAAGGCGUCUCUCUACAGAAGCCUCAGCUGUUGAGCUCGCUCUGAGAAUUGAGAGCAGCCAAGUCUUGUAAACUGGGGAAAUGUGAGAGAAGUCACCCUAAGCAAACAACACUUAACGUGAUCCAGGGGAAAACAAACAGAAGCCUCAAUUGCCAAAAAGGAGGGGUUCCGUUUUGCAGCCUGCCAAUCAAUUACUUGUGUGUCCCGCCCUGACUUUUUCACCUCCUCCAUAGACUCCACCCUCCUCAGCGGAGAGGACGGAGAGGUUAAGGGGAGGAGACUCAAGAGGUUGCUCUUACCAAAAAUUUAAAAAUCUGGAAGGCACUAAUAAGAUACUAGGCAUUAGGGGUUUGGUACUUCCCAGAGGAAUGUAAUACCAACACAAAAGAAAGAAAUAGCCCCCUUGAAACCAUGGAGAUCCCAGUGCUGCAGAGGGCAAGAGCAGAAUUGAGCAGAGAAGUUACUGGAGACUCCUUAAAUAACUAUAAAAGGGACAACAGAUGAAAUACAGUUUGUUGCUUUUAGUUUUUGCACACUUAACCUGAAGCCGAGGUCCCAUAUGUAAAGUGUCUAGAAUAAUACCUGGUAUAAAGGAUCUCAAGACAUUCUCUUCCCUUCUCCCAUUAUCAAAUCCACCCUCCAUGAUUUCUCCAAUUUGGUUCAACACAGAUAUUUUACCCUUUUAUUUUUUUUUUUUCAAGAUUUUAUUUAUUUGACAGAGAGGGAUCACAAGUGCAGAGAGGCAGGCAGAGAGAGAGGGGAAAGCAGGCUCCCUGCUGAGCAGAGAGCCCGAUGCGGGGCUCCAUCCCAGGACCCCCAGAUCAUGGCCUGAGCCGAAGGCAGAGGCUUAACCUACUGAGCCAUCCAGACACCCCACAGAUAUUUACUCUUUCAGUUAACAAACAGGUACAGAAACAGGUAUCUGUACAUGUCCAGUGUACACAUUUGUACUCUCUUAGCUACUAGGGCCAAAUCAAUCAAUCAGAUGCAGUCUGUACCCUUAAGCAGCUCACUUAUCCGUAAUGUGAUAGACGUGCAAAAAGAAUUGCAUCUCUGGGGUAAGUGCAAUAAUUGAGGUUUGAAUUAGCUCCAGCGGCUGUAGGAAGGACAGUAUGGUUAACUCGGGCUUGAUCAGGGACGAUCGCAGGAGGGGACUCUUCUGCCUCACUGCCUAGUCUCACUCAUGGUACCAUCCUCUCACCAUCUUUAAUUCCUUCUGCCACUUCAUAAAACCAGUGGGUCAUUGAAUCCCCCAUCAGAGGGACUCACAGUCCUUCUCCCCUUUCUGUUUUUAUUGCUAUCCCCUCAGGUUCGGGCCUCUUUACCUCUAAUUUAUGCUCCCAUCAUAGUCUCCCACUUCAGGUGUGUUUCCACACACAUCUGUGCAAACAAUGGUGACAGAGCACUUUGCUAACUCAGAGCUCCGAACCGUUCAUCCUGCUCAGAAACGUCCCCAGAGGGGCGCCUGAGUGGCUCAGUGGGUUAGGCCACUGCCUUCGGCUCGGGUCAUGAUCCCAGGGUCUUGGGAUCAAGCCCCGCAUCGGGCUCUCUGCUCAAUGGGGAGCCUGCUUCCCACCUCUUUCUGCCUGCCUCUCUGCCUACUUGUGAUCUCUGUCAAAUAAAUAAAUAAAACCUUAAAAAAAAAGAAAAAGAAAAAGAAACGUCCCCAGAGCCUGCUGGACGUUCAAUAUCAUUGCCAGUAUACUCCUGUCGCUCGUCUCUUGCUCUUUUGCUGAAAUGGAUGUUUCUGGAUAUACAGUGUGUUUUACUGGUCUUGUCUUUACUCAUGAUCUUUUCAUACAGUGGGCAAUUGUGGCAAUAACUUCUGUACUUUAUCAGACCCUCUCCCAAUUGUCUGAUAAAGACCAAAUUUCUCAGAACCCACUGCACUGACCCUUCUGCCUGCCCUGUAACCAAACCCAGCCAAACUGCUUCAUGUCCUCAGCUGCAAUUUAGGGGUGGGUGUCACAUGACCCAACCUACCGCACCCUCCCCAGCGCCUUCCUGGAUAAGAGGCACUCCCUCUUCUCUAGGAUAGCUAAUGCUAAUGGUGAAAUGAGCCUUGAGUUCCCAAGAACAAAAGUUAACCCAGAGGAAAGGAGAUUCUAGAAGCAAAGAGAGAAACUGGGAUUCCCUUUGAGCCUCUGGAACCAACCAUGCCUAAAGCCAGCUGUACUUCCUGGACUCCCUAGUUCUAUGACCAAGUUAACCUUUGGGAUUUGAUUUCUUUUCCUUAUAGUAGAGCAGGUCCUAACUGGUAGAGUGUUCAAGCUUUUCUGCUCUUCAAACCCUCCUACUCCUUUCUUAAGAUCCUUUUCAACCACUGCUUUCCUCAGGAAGUGAUUUGCUUUCUAAGCCUUCAUUUUGUCCAUAAUACCAGCCCAAUCAUGUUAGCAGUUGACUUACAAGCUUUCUAGAAUAGUGUUGGUUGCUGAUCAUACUAUGGAAAUCUUAAUCUACCACAUUACAAAAGUAAACAUCAUAAAACUAGUCAGAAAGCAAAAGCGAGGAAACGAAAACCCGCUGGAGGAAUAGUUUGAUUUCAUGUGUUAACAAAGGAACAAAUCCACCACCUUUGUACCCAGAAAAUGUUCAAGCCUCCAUCUCUUGAUGAAUUCCAUCCUAGAACUCUUAUUUAGAAGAAAUAACUCAGGAGUCAAGAAGAUGACUUGCUUAGGGUAGAUGCUGGAACUGGACUAACCCCCAAGGUUAGGGGGUGCCUAGAAAGUGAAGGGAAAGUUACAACAUGUAUUAGGAGGGUCCUUAGGCAAUAAGGUGUGAAGCCCGGCGAGGAAGAUUAGGGAUGGAAAGGGUUGUCUAAGAAAGGUUAAACUUCAUUGCUGCUUUUUUCCUGGAUGAUGAGUAAAGGCCACAUUUUGUGUGGGGUUUUAGUUUUUAUCUCUUAUUGUCAUUCCCUUUAGUGACACAGCUUUCAGGAAAGUGACACCUGGGUGAAAGUGAAGCAGAAAGUGAAGAGGCCAGUGUGAGAAAUAUAUUUGCCCACAUUACCCUCUAGGGAGGCUCACAGGAAGAGAGCAGUGUCCUCUGCUUGGGGCCAGGUUUGGAAAGGCGAGGCAGAGCUUGCUUACUGGAUGGACUGGGCAGAGCUGGAAGACCAGGGAAAGCCCCUAUACUGGGUGGCUACUCGGAGGGAUGCAAGAUAGAAUCUCCCCUUUCCCAGUAUAUGCCGGAAGGGAGCCCUGCCAUAGGGGCACAGUUGACUCUUGGGGAUUCGAGAUGUUAUAGAUACACAUUCCGCUGGACUUUAGAUGUACUAGUCCAGAGCAAGUAUUUGAAAAGAUUGCAAUGAGACUGUUUUUUUUCUAUAUUACCAGAUUUGAAACUGUCAAUACAAUUUUUACUCAUAUCAUAUUAUUCCAAAUAAACUGAUAAGGUAAUUUUAAAAAUUGUGACUUCUUUUAUGGGAUGGCUAAAGUUUUUCUAUUGUGAUUAUAUACAUAUCCUAAAACCAAAUUGAGAUUUAAAAAAUACAUAUCUAAAAUAACAGCAUGCAUUUCAAAAGCUUCCAGAAUUAUCCCUAAAUCUCACAAGGGCUAAUUUAUGAAAGACCUAAGACAACCAUUCACUUUCUGCUCCCACAGUAGAGCCCUAGGUUGAUAUUAAAUACAGCUUUGAUGAUUGACAGAUGACUGGCCCCAGUUAUAGGAGAAUUAAAUUAGCAACCAGUAGGAAACCAGAUUAAAUGGCGGGUUGCAUCUGGAUGGGUUCAGGACUGUCAAAACUGAUAUAAGUGCUGCUUUAUGUGAUCUUGCUUAAUGUGAUCAGAGCUAACCUAAGACUUAAGCUAAUAUUGCCACUUAGCAAUUCAGAGUUUUGCAUUUAGAUAAAGAUCUCUGCCCAGACCUGUGUAAUGUGAGCAGAGAGAAUGAUGGUGUGUCUAUAAGGAAGGGUGAAGGCUGUACGUAGGUUUAUAAUUAAUUGAUAAAAGGCUGGAAGAAUUGUGCAGCUUUAUUUUUCUUACCGGUGUCUCUAGAACACAGGCCCAUCUUGCCAGAUAGACUUGAAAAUGUCACCGUAAUUCUAGAGCAAAAAGAGUGGCAUUGUUUGCUGUCCUUCCUUGAGGACCUGGCAAGGAGAGUGGAAUUCUGUAAGGAGAGAGCCCAGGACUGAGGCCUCUUCAUCCUCCUGUGCUCAGGAAGAGAAUGAAAUGGCUAUAUAGCUUAUGAAUCUCCUCAGAAAUGUUUCUCCAGGGGCACCUGGGUGGCUCAGUGGUUUGAGCCUCUGCCUUCGGCUCGGGUCAUGAUCUCGGGGUCCUGGGAUCGAGCCCCGGGUCGGGCUCUCUGCUCAGCGGGGAGCCUGCUUCCCCCUCUCUCGCUGCCUGCCUCUCUGUCUACUUGUGAUCUCUGUCUGUCUAUCAAAUAAAUAAAUAAAAAUCUUUAAAAAAAAAAAAAAAAGAAAUGUUUCUCCAACCGCAGGAGAGUUCUUGCAACUCUCAGGCUGACCCAUGAAGUCCCAGGGGGUUUUGCUGCCGAGCAUAGACUGUGAUUCGGAGAAUCACUCAGAGUCCCCUCCAGUGGUCCUGUCCCUCUCCUGACUAAAGAUUUGCCUCAGCAUCUUUUGGUGGAAACUUUCUGGGCUAGAUGCAGGCCAGAUGGUGAAGGCUGAAGUCCUAUCCCCUCUGCUGACAGGCUGAGUCCUUGGGCAAGUCCCUCAGUCUGAAUUUGUUUCUUCACCUGUAAGAUGGGGAUGAUGACAACAGUGGUGAUAUUCGUUCUGUCCACCCACGGAGUUUUUAAGGUACUCAAACAGGAAAAUGGCUGUGAGAGCCAAAGUUCCACUUGAAAGCCGAAUGGAAGUGUGAGCUACUGUGUUUGGUGCUCACCUUUGACAAAAGGCGUGAUUCCUCCUUCCACCGAUGCAGCCAGGCACGCUCCGCUCGGGGAGUAAACAGAGGCAUUUCUCCCCGACUGCGAGCUCUCUGUUCACAGCAGCUGUCUGUGGAUCUGCUUCAUCUCCGAACGGGCAGGUGUGUUUGGCUGAUAGUUCCCCUUGGUCUCUCAGUGCCUUUUCCCUUCAGCCUCUAGUUGAUCUCGGGCCCCAUUUUAUCAAUCUUCGCCCUCACUUUUUCUCUUCACAGGAGAUAUGGAGAGACAGAGUCACCUCCUUUGUGGCUGGUGGACCAGGCCUUGAGGCAGGUGGGGGGAUACCACGGCAUUGUGAGCUGCCGGCUGCAUGGACAGGAGGCAGUUCCUGGAAGGAGUUAAAUGCUGUAGGACAGAGCCUAAGACAUGCCAGUCAUUUUAUAAAUACUUUUUAUCCCCCUCCUCCUCCUCCUUAUCACUACUACUAAUACUAUUACUGUUACUACUACUACUACUACAAUGAGAGCAUAGAAGAUUGGACUGGUUUUGCAAAUGUGUUUCCUUUGACUUCUCCAACUUUCCUCAACUGCACACUGUGGCUUAUUUCAUUGUCCCUGGAAGACUUUUGGGUUGCGGGUCUUCCAAAGUAGGCGGUAAACCCUGCUCUGUCUUGUGGGAGCCCCUAGCCCAUCGGAAGCCCAGCCUUGGAGACCAGGGCAUUAGACACUGGGCUUGCAGAGGUGCCGAGACCCCUCAGGCCCUGGCUCAUCGGACAGGGCUCUCCCCAGGGCUGAAACUCACGGGAGGGCUCAGCUGCAGGAACCCACUGGUGUUUGCUCUCAGCUGCCAACUUUGCUCAGAGAGAGGAAGUUCUGCAGCGGCCUGGACAGGCAGGUCCUGAAGGUGGUGGCGACGUUGGGCAGGGUGCCGAGAAUCCUUCUGAGAUGGCCUUGCGUACUCUGUCUUCAAAGCAUCCCCUCAUCCCUUGCAGCUGGAGAAGCUGCGGCACACUCCCAGCUGGCUCCUGGUUCCAGUGUCAGGCCUCAGACACUGAGGAAGUGCUGCGCCUGCUGUUUCAGGCUCUGAGCUGCUCACGGCUCAGAGCCCAUUUGUCCACUGGCGCCUUCUUCCUUCCAAGGACACCAUCCUCUUCAACAAAAGAGAGUCCCAAAUACUCAUUACAUUCACUUUACGUAAACCCCUGGUCAUGGCACAGGGGCCGAGGAUCCCCUUUGGUCCUUGCACUUGACUCUGACUUUGUUGAUUCGCAUCAUGUAAGUGCUGGUUGGGAACGGGAAGGAGUUUGUCUAGCCCAGAGGCCUCUCCAGAUGCCUCCGUUCUAAAGAAUCUCUUCUGUUUGUCCAUAGUGGAGCUUUGGUGACAUUUUUACAUGUUUCUUGUCUCAUGCAUCUUGCUAACACCAUGGUCCCCUCCUUGAAGACAAGAACAGCAUCUCACAUCCUGCGUGAUCCUUGCACUUAUUACUAGAGAAAGAUUCCAUUAUCCAGGGCAGUAAUUAAUUAAUCCAACUGUCCUUUCUGGAGCACCUGCAAUGUGUGACUAGGCCCUAGGGAGUAUAAACAUAAGCAGAUGUCAGUACAAAGUGAGGCCAUAGAGUGGAGAAAGUGUAGUAGCUUCCAUCGUAGAGUUUGGUAUGAUCAAGAGCGUUAGGGUUGAGAGAAGGCAGGUCGGAAAGGAUGAAAGGGGAGAGAUGGUGGCUGAAGACAAAGGGGGAUCCCUGGGGGCAGGGACACGACGUGAGAUUGGGAGGAUCCCAGAUGGAAGGAAUGCGAUCCAGAGCACAGGCAUGGGCAGAUGACUUGGUUCUGGAAGGAAGAGGGUCCCCCGCUCCGGUAGACUAAUGGAAGGAAAGAAGAGGGAGCUGCAUUCGGGCGUGGAUGUGGAGGGGCAAGGUGUUCACCACUGAUUUCCCAGGGUUUUCGCGAUUAAGUGAAUCAAAAAGGAGACUUGGGUCCCCACGUGAAGGAGCUUAUGCUGCUAAGGAUCCAUGGCUGGGGUGACUUUUCUGUGACACAGAAACAGCUGUGUGGCCUGAUGGGGGAAGAUCCCGGCAAAGGGAAGCUAAAGAAAAGCAAAGCUGGGAAACAGAUCUCCUGAGGGUCCUCUUUCCCUCACUCCCCUGCCCUCACCCCAGGUACCAGGAUCCUGAGGCCCCUAGGGGGCACCCCACUGAACUGGCCUUCCCCAAGUUCCCAAGUACCCCUGACCAACCUCCCCUCUUCCCUCAGAAGGCCCCUUGCUGGUGACCUGUCAACUAAGUGCUGCUUUGUUUCGGCUGGUGCUGCCGGCUUUGGGUGCUUAUCUCUCAGAUAACAGCAUGAUAUUCUUGGGGGGGCAGGGAGGUCCCAGUAGUCUUAGCUCACACAGACUUUACAUCAGCUCUGGAUCAAUAUUCCAAAUUGUUAAUUCUCAGAGACCGUUCAACAAAGUAUCAAUUUACCAUAUGGCCAACUUGUCAAAUUUACCAAAAUAACCAGUUUCCCAAAGCUUGUUUCAAGGCGUACUCAAUGUAUGAAUAUAUUCAUGCAUAUAUUUGUCUCAAAUAUAGUCAGUGAAUAUAAAUAUAUGCCUCAUGCAUAGUCAAUCAUUCUGAAGAUGUCCAACAGAGAGGAAUAUAUUUUUCUGGUGAAUGUGGUUAAUAUGUAUUUAUUAUGGACAGGAUUGUGCCCCUCUGAAAUUCAUAUGUUGAAAUCCUAACCCCCAGUACCUCUGAAAGUGCUAUUUGGAGAUAGAGUGUUUAAAGAGGUAAUUAAGUUAAAGUGAGGUCAUUAAAGUAGAUCCUAACCCCAUAUAACUGGUGUC